AUGUCGUCAAACAACUCUUCAUCUCCCACCGACGCCAAUGCCAAGGAGAAUGAAAUGUCCGGCAUCAGCAUGGUCACUGCAACCGCCUACCUCCGCAAACUACAGCACGAGACGCCGCCCGAAGAAUUUAGAAAGAUGCUGGACGACAUGGCAAGGGAACGCCAAGCUUCUCCCGAGGAACGACUUCGCAAGAAAGAAGCCAGGGCCCUGUUAGUGGCAGCGCGGAAGAGAGCGGAAGCCCAUCGCGAGGAGCGGAGGGCUCAAAGAGAGCGGGACUUUGAGGCAGGAAACCUGCGACAUCGAUAUCGAGCUUGA